GUCACCCAAUCGCUCCUCUUGAAGUUGUGGCGCCAAAAAGGAGCUUUCUUGUGUCACGAGAGCUUCGUUUGUGAAGGAGGUUUAAGUGAACGUGGCCCACUUUCUAGGCUUGUGCUGACCACAAUCUAGCUUGAAAGUCCCUCGCAUUCACCCGGCAGUAAUGGCGCCUCCGAAGCCGUUUCUGGUGGAGUAUGCGAAGAGCGGGCGUGCGGCAUGCAAAAUAUGCAAGGAUCCGAUCGCCAAGGACGCACUGCGCAUUGCGAAGGUGGUGCAGUCUCGCCAGUUCGAUGGCUACAUGACCAAUUGGCACCACUACGGUUGCUUGCUGAAGAAGCAGGGGGUGUUUAAAACACUGCACGACGUGGAGGGCUUUGACAACUUGCGUUGGGAGGACCAGAAGAAAUUAGAGAAGUACGUCACCGACUCUGGCGGUUCUCUGGAGGAAGAGGAAGAAGAGGAGGAGGAAGAGAUAGAUGAGGAGGACAAGGACUUCUCUAUGGAGUAUGCCAAGAGCAGCCGGUCGACGUGCAAGGAGUGUGAGGAGAAGAUUCAAAAGGACGAGGUCCGUGUAUCCAAGCUCGUGGAAUCAGACAAUCCCGCUUACCCAGGCAUGGUCCCUGCAUGGCGCCACAUCAAGUGUCUCCUGGAGUCGGGCAUGUGGAGCAAGGACGUGAAGAAGAUUCCCGGAUUCCGCAGCUUGAGCAAGGCGGACCGAGAGUCAGUGGAGAAGCUUGCGAAGGGAGAGAUCGACGAGAUGCCGCCCAAGGACGAAGAGAAGGAGAAGAAAGGAAAGGGCAAGAAGCGCAAAUCAAAGGGCGGAGAGGACGAAGUUGAAGCGGAAGAGGAGCCCAAGAAGAAGAGCCGGAAGCGAAAGAAGAAGGGCGAGGACGACGAAGACGAAGCAGAAGAACCGAAAGAAACCAAGAAGCGCGGGCGCAAGGGCAAGAAAGAGGAUGACGUCACGGAGACGAAGAAGGGGAAGGGCAAGGCGGAAGAAGACGCCGCAAACAAGGGCAAAGGGAAGGCUAAAGAGUCGGAGGAAGAGACCAAGCCCAGUAAGGCGGCCGCGAAGGUUAAGGCGGACCCGCAACUAGAGAAGGCGCUCGAGAAGCAGAGUCGCGCGCUGUGGGAAAUCAAGGACGCGCUGCGGAAACACGUGUCGACGUCGGAGUUGCGGGAGAUGCUCGAGGUGAACGACCAGUCGGCGUCGGGGUCGGAGCACGAGUUACGGGACCGCUGUGCGGACGGCAUGCUGUUUGGGCCGCUCGGCAAGUGCCCGCUGUGCGGCAGCCACAUGGAGUACAAGGAGGGCCACUACUGCUGCCGCGGCUUCCUCUCCGAGUGGACCAAAUGCACCCACACCACCGGCGACGCGCCACGGCUCAAGGCGCAGUGGAAGCUGCCGGAGGAAAAUGACAACGAAUACCUGGACGAGUGGUUUCAGAAGCAGAAGAAGAGCAAGCAGCGCCCCGACCGCAUCCUGCCGCCAAACCGGGGGCCUCCUCCGACGAAGAAGACGAAGACUGAGGGCGGGGCAUCGACGGUGGCGGCGGAUCCUGUCGAGCAGAAGGCCUUUGCGAACUUGCCGCUGACGGGUAUGCGGAUUGCUGUGGCGGGGCACUUGAAACACAACCAGCAAGAGCUCAAAGAGCUCAUUCAAAAAGCAGGGGGCGAGAUAGCUUCGCGCAUGAGCAGAGACGUGACCUGCUUAGUAACCACUCCAGACGAGGCCGAGAAAGAGAAGGGCAACGGCAAGGUGGUUCAAGCCAGGGAGCUGCGCAUCCCCAUCGUCUUCGAGACGUUCCUCAUGGACAGCGUCGAGAAGCACCAGCGGUUGGACCUGAAAGAGUACAUGAUCGAGAACAAGGGCGUGUCAACCGUGAAGGUGAAGGGCCGCAGCGCGGUGCACGAGGCGUCGGGCCUGCAAGAGACGGGGCACAUCCUGGAGGCGGGGAAGAGCAUCUACAACACCACGCUCAACAUGUCCGACAUGGCGUCGGGCAUCAAUAGUUACUACAUUCUGCAGCUGAUCGAGGAAGACUCCAACAAAGCCGUCCACGUGUUCCGCAAGUGGGGCCGCGUUGGCAACGAGCGCAUCGGGUCGCAGAAGCUCGAGCGGCUGCCCAAGGCGGAGGCGAUCGUUCAGUUCAAACGGCUUUUCCGCGAGAAGACCGGUAAUGAUUGGGAAGCGUGGGAGGCGAAGCAGGAGCUGCACAAGGCACCCGGAAAGUUCUACCCGCUCGACAUCGACUAUGGCGUAGACGAGGGUCAAGGAGGUGCGGGCCCGUCUGCGCCGCCCGGUUCGCGCAGCCAGCUGGACCCGCGCGUGGUGUCGCUUAUGAAGAUGCUGUUCGACCUGGAGACGUACCGGGCCACCAUGCUCGAGUUCGAGAUCAACCUCUCGGAAAUGCCGCUCGGAAAGCUCACCAAGAAGCAGGUCACCAAAGGCUUUGAGGUCCUAUCCAGCAUCCAGAACCUGCUCCACGACAGCAGUACCGAACCGGAUCGGCAGGCCGCCCUUCUAUUGGACGCCAGCAACCGCUUCUACACGCUGGUGCCAGCUAUGCACCCGAACCCGAUCAACGACGAGGGGAGACUGAAAGACAAGAUCCGCAUGCUGGAGGCGCUGCGCGACAUCGAGAUCGCGUCGCGGCUGAUCGGCGACCUGUCGAGCCAGGGCGACGAAGAAGACCCGCUGGACGCGCACUACCGCCAGCUGCAAUGUGCCGUGGAACCCAUGCCGCGGGACCACCCCAACUGGGGACUGGUGGAAGAAUACCUGCACAAGACGCACGCGCCAACACACAAGGAGUGGGACCUGGAGCUGGAGGACGUGUUCUGCCUGGACCGCGCGGGCGAAGGCUCCGCUUACGCGCCCUUCAAGAGCAGCCUGCCCAACAAGCAGCUGCUGUGGCACGGCUCCCGCACCUCCAACUACGUCGGCAUCCUCAGCCAGGGCCUGCGCAUCGCACCGCCGGAAGCACCCGUCACGGGGUACAUGUUCGGCAAGGGCAUCUACUUUGCGGACCUGGUGUCAAAGUCGGCGCAGUAUUGCUACACCUCGCGCGGCAGCCCGGUCGGCCUCAUGCUGCUGUGCGAGGUCGCCCUCGGAGACAUGCACGAGCUACGCAAGGCGCAGUACAUGGAGAAGGCGCCACGUGGCAAGCACUCGACCAAGGGCCUGGGCAAGGUGGCCCCGGACCGGAGCGAGUUCCGCAAGCUGGACGAUGACGUCACGGUGCCAGCUGGCAAGCCCGUGCCCAGCAACGUGCGCGCCACGGAGCUCAUGUACAACGAGUACAUUGUGUACGAUACCUCGCAGGUUCGGAUGCGUUUCCUGCUGAAAGUGCGCUUCAAGCACAAGUAGCUGCUCUCCCCAAGGAAACCAGAUUCCGAGUGCUUACGUCCGAUUUGUAAAAGAUAAGUCGAUUUUAGAUUACAGGAUCUGAAAGGUCGCAGAUUGCGAUAACAUAGAAAUUGGGAGAACUGGUCGAUUGGGAGAGCUGAGCUUUGAGAAAGACUUGGCUUAACGUAUGAAACAUAGAAAUGGCAAAUUUUGGUAGAUGUAGAAAGUCUAGAAACUGGGGUUCGGAAACGGACAGUCCACUCUACGCGUUUUGACACGGUUCUCGUGAAAGCCGGCAAUCACUUGCGCAGUCUUUUGUAUCUGCGCAGUCUUU